UCCUGUGGCUGUUUCUGGAUGAGCUCCACUCCCAGCAAUCCUGAUGAUGGAGACAGCACGGAGCAAUCUCAGUUGGGGUUGGACACCGUGAUCCAGAAGUUGGAAGACACCAUCCUGAGCCCCAUGGCCAGAAGGGAAGACCGGGCGCUAACCGUGCGUGGAGAAGGCCAAUGGGCCUUACCCACUCCUGUGCCAGCCCGUAUCCGAGAGAUUGUGUCGAGCAGCCUGGGUGAGGAGCCACUCUCAGGGCUGCGGGAGCUGCCAGCUACUGCGACCCAUGCACAGGAGGAGAGUGAGCUCCUUCAGGAGGAGCUGACACGACUGGAGGACCUGUUGGCCCAGGCAGACGCUGAGCGGGAGGAGCUGGCUAACAGGUGUCAUAUGGUCAGCCAGAGGCUGCAGGCCCGCCUGGAUACCACUGAGGCCCGACUUCGGAAGUCAGAGCUGGAACAUAGCAUGGACUUGGAGGAGGCUCUUAGCCGGCUGGAGGCCUCACAGCAGAGGAGCAUGAGCCUUUCUCAAGUAAACACCCUCCUUCGGCAACAGCUGGAGCACAUGCAGAAGGCCAAUGACACGUUGGCCAGGGAGCUGACCAGGACGACACACAGCUUGCUCCGCCUGCAGGGCAAGUUGGAGCUUCGAGAGGUGCGUCACUGGUCUAAGAAAGAAGCCCAAAGGUUGAGCCUAAGACAGCCUCAAGACAUCCUCCCCCUGUGGAGACAGGCUAAGGCUCUGCAGACACACCUGGCUGAGCUUCGGGAAUCCACUGAGAGGGGUCUCACAGAUGUUCAGGCGGACAUGACCCGGACAGCCCAGCGCUUGCACAUGGCCUGCCUGAGCCUCGACUCCCACCUGCGGCUGACAGCCAGCAGCAUGACCAGCGACCUGGAACGGCGGCUGAGGGAACAGGCUAGGGAAAUGCUCCAGCUGCAGGGCCAAUGGGCUGCUGAGAAGGUGGCGCUUCAAGCCAGACUUUCAGAGCAGACACUACUGGUAGAGAAACUCUCUGCACAGAAAGAACAAGGAGAGAGAGCCAUCCUGACACUCAAGACAGACAUCCAGAGACUGGUGGCCCAGUCAGAUGCUAUGUGUCCAGAGUUGGCCUGGAGCAGCAGCACUGAAAUCAGGGAAGCACAGACCCGACUAAGGAGCCCCCCAUGUUCUCUGUCACCACACCAGCGUAUGUCCCCGACACGGACCAGCUCUCCGACUAACCUACAUCCUGCACUGCAGGCUGUGCAGGCAGCCAUUGAGAGGCGGCAGCAGCGGGAGCAGGAGCUGCGACUGAGGCUGGAGUCCUCUCAAGAAGAAGCAGCCGGGCUCCGGGAGCAGCUGUCUGGGUACCGGCAGGAACUGCGGACCUCACAGAGGCUUCUGCAAGACAGGGCACAGGAGCAUGAGGAUCUGCUGGGCCAGCUGGAGGCCCAGAGGCAGGAGGCACAUCUCUUCCAGGCAUCUGUCCAUCUCCUGGAAAGGGAGAAAGUAGCCCUGGAGACGACGAUGGAGGAGCUGAGGGCAAAGGCAGACAUUCGGGAGGCAGAGACGCAGAAGCUAGAGGCUGCAAAUGCCGACCUCCGGAGAAGCCUCCAGCUGCGGGCAGAGCAGAAAGCUGAGCUGGUCCAGCAGAGUGAGCGCAGCCUGCGUGAGCUGGAGGCCAGCCAGGGCCGCGUGGAGCAUCUGGAAGAAAAGGUUUCAGAGCUCAGGAAGGAGCUGGCCACAUCUCGGGAGGCACUAAGUUCAAUGCAGCUGCAGAGGGACAUCUUAGAGACUGAGAAGGAGAGCCUACGUGGCGCCCUGGCCCAGGCUGAAUCUGGCAAUGCUGACUUGGAGUUGCUGGUGACACGGCUGAAGACAGAGGGAAUGGAACAACAGGACUCACUGGCCAAGAUGGCUUCGCUGCUGGAAGGGCUUUCCCAGGACAAAGGCACCCUAAACCACCUGGUACUUCAGCUGGAGCAGGAACGGGACCAGCUUCGGGAACAGCAGAAGAUGCUGGAGCAGGAGCAGGCUGGCUUGAGAGAGCAGCUGACACAGAAGGAGCAGCAGUUAGGGCUCAUUCAGGCUGAGCGGAGAAGUCUGCAGGAGACUUGUGGGCAACUGGAGCAGAAGCAGGAACACCUAGAGAAGCAGGUGGUCCUGCUUGGACAAGACAGUGCCCAGCUCCGGGAGCAGGUGGGCCAGGUCACAUACAAGAAACAGGUCCUAGAGAAGCAGCUGGCACAGAGCAUGCAGGACCAGGAGGCCCAGAUGGAUAUUCUGCAAGAAGCCCUCCAUGAGAAGAACACACUGUCUGAGGAGAGGGCCCAACUACUGGCUAAGCAGGAAGCCCUGGAGAGGCAUCGCGAGCUUGUGACUAAGGAAGCAGCUGAUCUAAGGGCUGAAAGGAACUCUCUGGAGAGCAGCCUCUUUGAGGCCCAACGACUGACGACACAGUUGCAGACCCAGCAGGAACAGCUAGAAGGAAAGGCGGAGACUGCUCAGCUUGCACGUCGGGCCUUGCAAGUGGAAAUGGAGCGGCUGAAAAGUGACUGGGAAAUCCGAGAGACAAAGCUGCAGUGGGAUCUGGGACAACUGCAGCAGCGGGCUGAACAGCAAGAACAGGAAGCACAGCUGGCCUGGGAGCGCCAGGAGCUGGCUCACAAAGAGGACCUGGCCCGGCUGCACAGGGAGAAGGACACCCUCAGUUUAUCCCUGGCAGAGGAGAAAGAGGCAGCUGCCCGGUGGCUGGAAAAACAGAAAGAGCUAGUGACAAAAAGUACAGCUGACAGAGAGGCAUUGCAGCAGGAGAUUCAGAACCUGAAGCAGGAGCGAGAUGAGAGCCUCCUUCAGCUGGAGCACGAGAUGCAGCAGGCUCUGUCUCUAAAGGAUGCAGAGAAGAGCUUGCUGAGCAAGGAGCUCUCUGGAGCCAACCGGGAGCUGGAACGGGCCCGGCAAGAAGCCCAGAACCAGCAAAUGCAAGCUGAGGCUACCAUUACCACCAUGACCAAAGAGCUGAGAACCCUGCAGGUCCAGUUUGAAGAGGCCAUCUCCACCCACCAGAGAGAAGCUGAAACUCUGAGAGAGAAACUUCGCGAGCUAGCAGCCGAGCGAAGCAGCGUGAGGAGAGAGGCUGAGGGGCUGCAGGCACAGCUAAAUGUGGCUCAGGAGAGGCUGGCUGAACUGCGCCAAGAACUUCAGGACAGUGAAGAGGGUCGUGAAGGGCUACGCAGGGAGGCCUUGGAGGCUCGCCGGGCACUGGAUGAUGAGGUUCAAGAGAAGGACAUACUGCAACAUUCCAACACUGAGCUGCGGGCCACCAUCCACAGGGCUGAGCAAGAGAAAGCCAGUUUUAAGAGGUCCAAGGAGGAGCAGGAGCAGAAGCUGCUGUUGCUUCAGGAGGCCCAGGUGGCAGCUCAGAAGGAAGCCUAUGAGCUGAGGACCAGGCUGCAGGAGUUGGAACGGACACAGAGGGAUACCCGUCGGAAGCUCCAGGAACGCCACAGACAGGUAAGGACACUGGAAGCUGAGAACCAGAGGAAGAGACAGGAGGUGAGUGAGCUGCAGGCCCAAGUCUCUAGGGAUGCACAACAUCGGCGGAAGAACCUGCAGGAGGCACUAGACCUGCAGAGGGAGGUAGCAGAGGCCCAGGCUGCCCGUGAUGGUGUCCAGAAGGAGGUUCUAGAGCUACAGCGGAAGUUGGCAGACGUAGAGGCAGCAGGGGAGACCAGGGCAAGGCAGCUGGAGGGGCAUCUUUGCGAGAGCCAGAGGGUUGAGCAGACCCUGCAGGCCGAGCUGCGCAGAAUCACCAGGAAGCUACAGCAGGCCAGCAACCAAACUAACAGCCUUCAGACCAGCCUGGACAAUGCCUGUAGCCGAGUCCACAGCUUGGAACAGGAGCUGGCCAAGGCUGAGGGUGCUAGGCGUAAUGCAGAAGCCCAGCUGGGCCGGCUGUGGUCCACACUCUGCAAUGGCCUAGGCCAAAGUCAGAACCUCUUGGCCUCUCCAAAGAGGCCCCAUUCUCCCACAACAGGUAAGUGCAGCUCCCAGACUCAUCCUGGACGGCAAAGGGCCAGUUCCCCUGCUAGAUCCUCCUCCCCUGCCCGAUGGCCCUCACCUACACCUGUAGAUCCUAAUUCGGAGGUCAUCGAUGUGGCCUUUGUAAGGAAUGCCCUGAGGGACCUGGUGCAAAAGCUUCUCGAGGCCCAGCAGGAACGGGACAACUCUGGCAUUCAGGUGGCCAGUCUGAGCAGCCAGCUGAGCGAGGCAAAGAGGGAACACAUGCACCUGCAGGGCCGGGCAGAGCAGCUACAGAGGGACCUAGCAGAUGCAGAGGAAGGUCAGCGCAGGGCGGAGAGUGAGCUGCACAGUGCCCAGGCAGCUCGGGCCCUGCAGAAGGAGGCACUCCAAAGGCUGGAAGCAGAGCACCUGGCAAGUGCACGAGCUGCAGGCCAGGAGAGAAGAAGGCUGCAGGAGCAAGUAGACACCCUGCGUCAGGCCCUGGAAGAGAGCAGCAGGCACAGCCAGAGCCUUGCAGACAAGGGGAGGCUGCUGGAGCCCCUGAAGCAGACAGAGCAGGAGACCCUGAGGAAGGAAGAGGACACAGCAAUGCUGGGGGCCAAGAAGGAGCUGUUGCUCCGGUCUCUGGGUAGCCUACACCAGGAAGUAGAUGGGGCCUUGAGGCAGAGCCAGCAGCUGCAGGCCCAGAUGGCUCAGCUGGAACAGGCCCACACCCAGCGGCUCCAAGAGCUGGCUGCCCAGCACCAGCGGGACCUGGCAGCUGAGGCUGAGAGGCUCCAUGAGGCCCAGCUGCAGGCCACACAGGCUCUGGAGUCCCGUGAGCAGAUUCACCAGCAGAGGGUAAAGGUCCUGGAAAGGCAGAUAGCUAGCCUGAAGAAGCGGCUGGACCAGAAAGUAUGGCAGAAGAAGCAACAGGCCCACAAAGGUGCUGCAUUCCGUGCCCUCAGUUCUGUAAACACAGGGAAACACAUGGAAAACAUUUCCACCAGCAAGAGCCAGAAACACAAUGUCCUGCAAGGCCAGCCACCACACCCCACAUCCAGAGGCCACAGAAUCUUCCGCAUCCAGGAACUGCAGUCCGGUCACGGUGGCAGGUGGCUGGAAGUGACUCAGAAGCAAGCCCCGUGACUCGCUGGCCACAGGGGUAUUGGAGAUCUGAAGCUCUUCCAGA